AUGAAUCCUCUUCUGGACACCGAUGGAGUGAUGCGCGUGGGCGGCAGGUUACAACAAGCAGAAUUCGCUACCUUCGACAUGAAGCAUCCAGUCAUACUUCCAAAAGGACAUCCUGUGACCAACAUGUUGAUUCUGAACUACAACGAAAAGUUCGCGCACGCAAAUAGAGAAACUGUGUGUAACGAACUUCGCCAGCGAUUCCACAUUCCCAAAUUACGUCAGGCGAUUCGACAAGCGGUCAAGGGUUGUAUGUGGUGCCGUGUCAAUCGAUGUUCGCCGCAAGCUCCAAUGAUGGCACCGUUACCAGUGCAGCGGGUAACGUCACAUCUCCGCCCGUUUAGUUCGGUGGGAGUUGACUAUUUGGGCCCUAUUGAAGUUUCGGUUGGACGCAGGCGGGAGAAAAGAUGGAUCGCUCUAUUUACCUGUCUGGCAGUACGAGCAGUACACUUGAAAGUAGUGCACGGAUUGAGCACUCAGGCAUGCCUAAUGGCAAUUCGAAGGUUUCUGAGCAAACGAGGUGCCCCGGACGAGUUCUUUUCCGACAACGGAACCAACUUCAAGGGCGCAUGCAACGAGUUGGCAUGUAUUGGUAGAGAAUGUGCGGGAGUCGUAACGAGUCCAACCAUAAAAUGGACCUUCAUUCCCCCAGCUACCCCACACAUGGGUGGUAGUUGGGAGCGCAUGGUGCGGUCAUCAUCAUCAUCAUCAAUUCUACUAACUACGUUAGCUGAAGCAGAGGACGCAAUCAACACCCGGCCAUUGGUCUACUUACCACAGGAGGCAGCAGAAAUCGAAGCAAUAACACCAAAUCAUUUUCUUCGUGGGACUAUCAAAGAUGCGGAUCUGAAGGUGGACGCUUCUUCGGAUUUUGCAGAGGCUCUAAGAGACGUUUACAAGCGGUCGCAGUAUCUAGCAGAGCAAAUGUGGCAACGCUGGUGGAAGGAAUAUCUGCCAACCAUAAACCUACGAUCAAAAUGGGUUGAAGAUCGGAAGCAGCUACGCGUGGGAGAUUUGGUGUUUAUAGUGAACGAUGGACAUCGGAAGAACUGGACCAGAGGAAUUGUAGAAGAAGUGUUUGCAGUUUUAGCUGCUACUAAGCUGCUCAAAAAAGGUGGUGCUAAUUUCCGAAGCGAAUGUUUAUUGACCGACCAAAUCUACAAUGCCGGUCCUGGCCUGUUCGGUUUCGAUCCGGCCGUCACUUCCCGUAGUGCAUUUGCUUCCCUGGAAGCCGAAGUAGCUGUGUUGGGUUGA